UGUACUGUGUCCGCAGUCUCUGGUCAUCCCCUUGUCCGCAGUCUCUGGUCAUCUCCUGUACUGUGUCCGCAGUCUCUAGUCAUCUCCUGUACUGUGUCUGCAUUUGUUCAUAGUUUUUUUUUUAAAACUAUAGUCUGGCCCUCCAACGGUCUGAGGGACAGUGAACUGGCCCCCUGUUUAAAAAGUUUGAGGACCCCUGCUGUAAAUCAUUGUAGCAGUCUGUGCUACAUGCAAUGAGAGCCGUGAUCUUCUGUGUUCUGUGAGAGUGACUUUCCCUCUGCACAUC